AUGCCUCAAGUGCCUGGACGACCGCAGCGCAUUCGCCCAAAACACCAGCAGUUGAUCUUGAAGUGCUAUCCUCGCCUGCCCAAGAACUCGGCAGCAGACGUCAGGCCGAACAGCUCGGAGUUGUCAUAUUUGCUCUACUACGCCAGCACGCGGCAACACAAGCUCCCCAAAGUCGGCCACUUCCUGGAAACGCGCACAGCCAGCGAUGUCUACCAUUGGCAAAGUGCCGCAGUACAUGUCACGCUGCAGAUCCUCACGGCGAUUCUUGAGCACAAUACCAUCAAUCGCGCUUCGGGCUUUGCGCUCAUAGCACCCUUCGUAUUGCGCAUCAUCCGCGAAAUCGUCAACAAGACCAACGAUAUCAGCCUGAUCGAGGCAACGACGCGCACAUGGGACGUCUUCUGCCAGCAUCAAGAUGCAGCCAGCCUGGCCGCCGACUCCGAAUACCGAGCACUUUACGUCGAAGUCGUGCGCAUCUACUCCGACCUGGCCAGGAACACAUCCAAGAAGAUUGGCAAAGCUACGACGCCAGUGGCAUCUCAUGAUGCUCUGCGCCUGCGCAAGGCAGGAGUUGCCGCCAUUACGAGCAUCUUUGCCCCGACAGAGCAAUUCGAGCGCGUGUGGAAUCGCGAGUUUGAUGCGUCCAUGGCCGCAAUCCUAAGCAACUUGCGCAAUCCAGACAAGCGAGAUUAUAUCGAGCACUUCAAGAGCUUGGCCAACAAAUCAGAAGUUGAAGAAGACAAGGAGCGGUCGUCAGUAAAUCGAAGGCAGAGCAUUGCAACCGUGCGAACCUUCUCUGGCCUGCCGGAAGACCAUGAGCCGGACCCCCGGGCUGCUGAAGGCACUGUGCAAGAUGCCGACCAACUUGAAGAGGAAGAGGCGGGAAUGCUCGCCAUUGACUGCCUGAAGAUCAUGUUUCAAACACAAAACCGGUCUCAAGUCCGCGCGGCCACUAUCGCGUUCAUGCGCUAUAUCGCUGAAGAGGAGAACCGACUGCUGUCAUCAGGCAGUACCAAAGACAUCAGCACGUGGGCAGCGCAGCUGUUCCGCCUGGUCACGCAGUGGACUUCGGUGCAAGACCGCUUCGUGAUUCUCUACACUGCGCAAGAUGUGCUCGGCAAGCUGCCAAUCGAAGGCUCGUUCUUCCGACCGCACGAAACUUAUGCCAAGAUGAUACAGAGCGUCGUCUGCUCGGACCUCAACCUGAUCGGACUUUCAGUGAUGGACGUCUUGAUCGGGCUCAUGUCAUCAGUCCUGCGAUCUGUCGCGUAUUGUUCCAGACCAGACUCUGCUGCACUGUCGCCCCAGAAUACGGCCUCCACCAACGAGAAGAAUGCUGCUGCGAACACGAUCCAGCAGCUGAAGGGUUGCAUAGCCUGUCUUGCAUCACAUGUAUACUACUCGGAUCAGGUCACGGAUAUGAUCGCAGCGAUCCUCGUUCGAGUACGUGCAUACCCAUCAGCCUCCGACUUGAAGAAGGGGAUCUUCGGGGAAGACCAGUCGCGUUCGCACAAAAAGCCAAAGGGAUCCGUUAAUGGAGCCACACCUUCUCAGCAACCAGGCACAUCUGCGGACCCACGAGCGUCAAAUAAUGACAUGUCAGUGGCUGCGAACGAGUCUACCAGGGAAAUAGAUGAAAGCACUGCAGAACCUGUUGAUCGCUUCGACUCCAGAAGUAUUCGACCUGAGACUAGCCCACGAGCCACCAGCUUACGAAGCGCAUUCUUCACCACUGACGAAGCUCGCAAGACGGCACUGGAAAUUAUCAAAAACAUCAUCGAAGUUGCGCAGACGACUAGAAAUCAAGCGCACGGAAAUGUCGUGAUCAACCGCAACCGAGUUCCGGUGGGAGUAUGGGAUGGCACACAAUGGCUUGCUCGGACUGGUGCGGAAGAAGUAAGGAAUGCAUACAAAGACACCGUCGCGACUUGGGCCAAAUACGAAUCCGAAGAGAAGGACUCCAACAUGCUCGACUUCGAAGCCGACGACUGUUUCGGCAAAUUCGUCGAAAAGACCUCUCCAGCAUCAUUCCGUACUGGCAGCGUGGGACAAAGCUAUCAAAGCCAUCCUCAACUCCUAAUGCUGCCAAAUUUUGGCGUCGAGAGACGUUUAAGUUCCGGCCAGAAUACCAGUAAUGGUACAGAUCAUAUUGCUUCUAACCAUAAACCUAGAAUCCGGGCGAAAGAUCUCGAGGAUGUUUUGGAAGGGAAACGACAGGUGGAACUUCAUCAGCAAAUUGGAUUUGCACCGGGGACUGAGAAGGCGGAUUUGAGGAGUCUUCUUGCGGGUCUUAAGAUUGAGGAGAAGAGGAGAACUAAUGCUAUUAUGGCUGCUCCGCCUUACUGA